CUCACUCCUGGCCACUCUCCGCAUUUCGUACUGGAAGGCUAGGCACUCGUGUAUCUCAUAUUGCUGUUUUUUGCCAGGUUGGACGGAAACAAUGAAUACCGCUCUCAUUUUACUUCCAUUGGCCGCUCUGCUCGCGAUUGCAGAGUCGUCGGUUCUCAGGCGUCGGGAGUUAUCUGAAGAGGAGCAGUUUGUGAACUUAAUUCAAACCACCUGCAUUGACCCCCUGAACCUAACGGAAGAAGAAUCGGCUGCAGUUGAAAAGCUUAUGGACAUGGACGACGACGACAUGACUAUGGAAAGCGCGGAAGACCUCGAGAGAUUGAUCGAGCAAGUGGCACCCAACGAAGCCGUGGCGAAUUCCCUCAAACCGAAAGUCGCCACAGUCAUUGCAUGCGUGGCAGGGGAACUCCUGAAGAUUCUCGGACUUCAGCGUUAGGGGUGGCCACCGCUACCAUACGCUGGUUCGCAGGACACAAGGUUUCUGCAGCCUGGGGAAAAUAAGGAACAAAUAAACCGGAUAGUUAUAUUAGUGCCAUAGUAUACUCGAAAGAGAUUUGUAUGUCGUUUGGGCAACGUAUAAAGUUGUCAUUUUGCUUUCAUAUUAAUGAGUUUGAGGAUAGAAGUAAGCUGGUUACGUAUUAGUGUUUGUUGUUGUAUGUGUUCAACACAGGUGCAACGCGUCCGCGAUAUCUAAACGGGUUUUUGGUAGAGGACUCCCCGAAUGUGACGUAUCCUCACACAAAGUUAAGGUACCUAUAUAGUAUAUUCAUUCCUUGGUAGGCCGUGUUACCAUCCCGCCAUGCAGGUCUCGACUAGCUAAGAAUGAGUGGUUUCGCCCCCAGCGUGAGAGCCCCAACGAAUGAGGCAUUAAAGAGGGUAUCCAUGGCUUUGGUCUUUACGCAGUUUCAUCAAAUAAAUAUUUAUACAUUUGUAUAUUCA